CUGAGUCUGGAGAAUGCGGUGUUCAAUUUCUGGGUCCGUUCGGUAUGAUUGUCAUUUCAGUUUGUCCGGAAGAUCCUUGAGGGUUCACUGGACGGCGCUUUGCUUCUGUGCUUAAUCUGUUUGGGACGGCGCGGGUGGACCUAUUAUAUCCCGCCCUGUCUGAUGACGGGACUUAGAAUAAUCCCAAGGCGACAAUAUAAAAAGGCUCGCUUUAUUCUCUUCCACUUCUGGCGUUUAGCCCCGUUGAAAUUCUCUGAUUGCGCCUACCCACGCUCUCAUCACAGGAAUUUUAUCGGGUCGGAAGUUUUUGGCUCAUAUCGACGUUAUCGACAAGACCCCCUCCCCCACGGCAUCAAUUUCGAAGUUGAUUAUGUUCCUCCAUCAGUGGUCGAAUUUAGUUAUGGGACCUACGGAAUCCCAUCGGCCCGCCCCGGGAAGCUGCAUGAGCUGAAGUGCUUCUGUCAUGCGUUCGGUCCACAAUAUAAAACUCAUACUCCGUCUAUGACUGGUGCGCCUGCACCCCCGCCCCCAAUGGCAACCGUGCUCAUCAACCUCAUCCUUUCUCACAAUGUUUACGGAGCCUCUAUCCCUCCUCAUAACAUCACUGAUUUCUCGCUACAUGGAUCUCAUACUUGCAAUGAUCUACAGAAUUGCCGAACGGUGUGGAGCCUCAUUUAUAGUUGUGCCUUCACCAUUUUUGCGUGCGUCUGCACGGGGAUGCAUCCGGACCUGUCAGCACGGCAUCACAGUACUUGGUCGUUUAAAUUACCUCGUGUUGGCUUGAUGAUGGGUUCACUGCUUUCACCGGGGGUCAUUCUGAUGGAUGGAUGGAUGGAUUUCUGCAACGCUUGGAUAAUGUCGAAAAAAUGCAAUGACUUGUACAUGUCUCAAGGAUGGACGUUUACGCAUUCCUAUUUUGUUGUCAUGCGCGGCUUCUUCGACUCGUCCGAAGGAGCAGCAGUGAUUCCCGAUAGGAAUGUAGAUGCCUUGAGUGUCUUUGAAAAGUAUCCUGGAAUAAUUCAGAAAAUUGGGGAUCAGAGAAGGGUCGUAAUAACGAAAGAGCAAAUUCUUGACAGGUGCAGAGGGGACCUCUUCGCUGAAUUUGCCAUCAUCCUUCAACUACUAUGGUUUAUCGCUCAAUAUGUCGGACGAUGGGUAGGCGAUUUGCACAGAUCACAACUGGAGGCAAUGACACUGGGCUAUGCGGCGUUCAACGCCCUUGUCUACUUGUUGUGGUGGCAUAAACCCGUUAACGUUCGAUUCCUGGCAAUCCAUGUGGCGAAAGAGCCCCGACCCAAUUUCUCGACUUCUGGGAUGGAUGUCGUUCAGCCGCGACCUGGAACGGGGACUGACAUACAUUCGGCUCUAGCGAAGAUCAUGGAACUAGACCCUAGUUGGAUGUUUAUAGCCACGGGCAUCAUUUUUGGGGGAAUCCAUUGCUUUGCGUGGUCAUCCCCCUUUCCGACGCUUGCGGAGAUGCAGUUGUGGCGGACGUCGGCGUUAGUUAUCGCAGCGUUCCCUGUCCUUUGUGUGCUCUGCGAAAGGCUUGAUAACCCCAAUAUAGCCAAGAACUGUAUAAUGGUCAUUACGGCCGUUUAUGUCACUGCCCGGAUUAUCUUGCUUGUUGUUUCGUUCACCUCCCUGCGUUCGCCUCCUCCCGAUCUAUACCAAAUCCCGUCUUGGUCCACCUUCCUUCCGCAUUUCGGAUAAGUUAUAAACAUCGUCAACGUCCUCAAAUCCCCGUCCACAGCUCUCCGUCAAUUUUCGAUCCAAGUGGUAGGAAUUAUCCCCGAGGCUGGAACCUCCUUGAUGCCUCCCAUUCUUGGAGUUUAUUUAGGGCAUCAAUGUUUCCGUAUGCAUUUUGGUGGUCAACCCGAACGCCCUUCUAUAGUGGAGCAUGGACAAUGUUCGCUCCCUGGUCGAUAUAUAAAACUGACUCAUGCAGCCUCUUCACGCUGUCUCGUCCAUUUCGCAAUUUGACGAAAUAUCACACCUUUCAUGCUGC